GACAUUGAUUAAAUUAUUAUUAGUACAUGCCUUUGACUCUAUAAAUAUAUCAACCUCCCAUUACAUAGCCUUAAUUAAGCUCUUGAAUCUUUAUAUUUUUUAAGCUCUUGAAUCUCUAUAAUUUUGUUUUUCAACGAAGAUCAUGGCAUCAAAUCAAGGCUCGGCCGAAACCCCAAAGAUUUUGUUGAAUUCAGGGCACGAAAUGCCGGCGCUGGGAUUUGGUUGCGCCACCUUUAAUCUUCCACCUUUCGAUGAUUUGAUCUCAAUACUGCUUCAUGCAAUCCAAAUCGGCUACCGCCACUUUGACACCGCCCCAACCUACGGCACGACGGAGGCGGCCCUCGGAAAAGCAGUGGCUAAAGCUCUAGAGUCCGGUGUUAUCAAGAGUAGGGAUGAAUUGUUCAUCACUUCUAAGCUUGGGAUUGCUGAUGCACAUCCCGACCUUGUCCUCCCCGCCAUCAAAAAAACUCUCGAGACCAUGGGGCUGGAGUAUCUGGAUUUGUAUCUGGUCCACCUCCCAGUGAGGGUGAAACCGGGUGCUGAUAUGUUUAAUCUAGCGGAAGGUGAUGUUCUGCCCUUUGACAUGCAUGGUACCUGGAAAGUCAUGGAAAUUUGCUCCAAUUUGGGUUUGACCAAAUCCAUUGGUUUGAGCAAUUUCUCUUGUGAGAAAAUCUCAACACUCCUUCAAAAUUCCACCAUCCCACCUGCAAUUGACCAGGUAGAGAUGAAUGUUGGUUGGCAACAGCGAAAAUUAGUACCAUUUUGCAAGGAAAAAGGAAUACAUGUGUCUGCAUGGUCUCCGCUUGGAGCUUAUGGUAAUUUUUGGGGCUCCAAUGCUGUUAUGGAGAAUCAGAUUAUGAAAAAUAUCGCAAUUUCUAAGAAGAAACCUGUUUCACAGGUAAAAUUUCAUUGAAAAAAAAAAAGUGUAAUGGAAUUUUUGAAUCGGAUACUUCAUAAUUAAACUAAAUUAAAAUUGUUGAUGCAACAAAUUAGAUCGCACUGAGAUGGAUAUAUGAGCAAGGAGCAACUCCAAUUGUAAAGAGUUUCAACAAGGAAAGGAUGAAGGAAAAUCUUCAAAUAUUUGAUUGGCAACUCAGCCAGGAAGACAAAGAUCAAAUUCAACAGAUCCCUCAGCAAAGAGUAUUUACGGCAGAUUGUUUUAUCCAAGCAAAUGGACCAAUCAAAUCUGUUCAGGAGUUCUGGGAUGGAGAUAUAUGAUCUUCGAUAAUCCCUAUCCCUAUUGCAUACCUCUUUCUUUCAGUUCAUAAUAGGAGUAAUAAGAAGUGUAUAACUGUAAUAAUGGUUUUAACGUCCAAAAAUGUAUUGCAAAUUUUAUAAGUCUAGUAGUAUUGAAUAAAUAAGAUGAAUGAGGUAGUUAAUGCGUCAUGAAGUAAUCACUUCAUCAAAUCUAUUUAACACAACAAAUUGGGCAAUAUUUUAUGCAUGGGACAAAGAGUUCUACUAUUAUUAUUUUAGCAAUUGACUUGUUCCAAAACUUGGGGUUUCGUCUGCCAAAUGUGUAAAACCAUUACUACCUUAAGAAAGAAAUAAAAAUAUUUUUAUCUAUUCAGGC